UGCAGGAGCUGGGCCAGCAGAAGCGAAGCCGCCAUGGGCCGGCUUCCGGCGCGGCAUCUCAGCAAACGGAGUGACAGCCCAGAGACCGGGCCGAGCCGGGGGCGCGAGCCCGCAGCCGCUGUUCUCGUGUGUGCGGGGGCGAGCACGUCGCGACCCAGACGUGCGCCGGGGUGGAGAGCGGGCCGGGGGCGGGGUGUCGCCUGCACAAAUGGAAUCGCCGGGGUGGGACGGCCACAAUUGCGCGCCAAAUUUAACCGGGAGUUCUGGUGUUGCCCGCGAACUCGGGUUUUUACUGUCGCCGUCAUGGUUCGUUCGCUAAACUGCAUCGUCGCUGUGUCCCAGAACAUGGGCAUCGGCAAGAACGGAGACCUGCCCUGGCCCCCGCUCAGGAAUGAAUUCAAGUAUUUCCAAAGAAUGACCACAACCUCUUCAGAAGGUAAAAGGAAUUUGGUGAUUAUGGGUAGGAAGACCUGGUUCUCCAUUCCCAAGAAGAAUCGACCUUUAAAGGACAGAAUUAAUUUAGUUCUCAGUAGAGAACUUAAGGAACCUCCAAAAGGAGCUCAUUUUCUUGCCAAAAGUCUGGAUGAUGCCUUAAAACUUAUUGAGCAACCAGAGUUAAGAAGUAAAGUGGACAUGGUUUGGAUAGUGGGAGGCAGUUCUGUUUAUAAGGAAGCCAUGAGCAAGCCAGGCCAUAUUAAACUAUUUGUCACAAAGAUCAUGCAGGAAUUUGAAAGUGACACAUUUUUUCCAGAAAUUGAUUUGGGGAAAUAUAAACUUCUCCCAGAAUACCCAGGUGUUCUUUCCGAUGUCCAGGAGGAGAAAGGCAUUAAGUACAAAUUUGAAGUAUAUGAAAAGAAUGAUUAAUGUGAAGGUGUUUUCUGACUUAUUUCAGGUUGUUCCCCAUUCCUUCCAAACAAUUAUAUAUUUUAACAUUAGAGAAAGAGACCUCUGUUUACUUUAGAUGUAUGGAUAACUAUUUCUGAGCAAUGUGUUUCUAUUAAUUAAUCAAUCUCAACUGGAUUUGGUUAAGAUCAAUCUUACUUGUGCUAUAUCGGAUACCAAUCGUGAAACAUUUCAUACUGUAACUGUCUGAAUUUUCACCAAAGGCCAGGAUUAGGUCCCUAGUACCUGCUAGGGUAGCAUAUCUACCAAGACACCACAGUGGGAGAGUCCCCUGAGAGCAUGAGUUGAAACCAGGGUUUCUAGAGAGAGGAGCUAGACAGAUUUGUCCACAUGUCAGAAAUGGGUAAUAAGCUCAAUACCGCUGAGAUAACCUAGGAGAUGGAGGGGAAGUAAACAAGUAUUUAUCCCCUACUCAUCAUUGGUUGGGGGCUAUUCCCAAGGUUAUCAAUUUCCUGCCCUGUGUAUGAGCUGAACGUACUUCAGCUGCUAGAUACGGCCUCAGGUGUUUGCAUUAAGAAGAUGCUGGCAGGUACAGAAAGAGUGAAUACUAAAUACCUAAAGUAAUUCCAUAUGUUUGAUUGUUUGCAUAAGAUCUUCAUGCUUCCUAUGUAAUAAAAAGGAUAAAGCCACA